AUGAAUUAAAAGUCCAACAGUAAAAUACCCUAUUUGGAUAGGUGACCCCCCCCCCUAGAAUUGUAAUUACAAACAUGCUGAGGUAUAACCAACUACCUUCCAGAUCACAAAUCAAGCUAAUUGGCUUCCAUCUGUGACCAAUUGUAGUGACUUUGAUUAGUUCAGAAUAAAAGCAGAGUGUUCAUAGAGGAAUUCAUUGCUUAGUAGUGCAAUUCAAAGCAAAGAAUCCACUAUGGGCGGAAAGGUACUUUCAAAAGAUCUACGAGAUAAAGUUGUGGGAAGGCAAGAGUCGGGAUGGAUAUGAAAAGAUUUUGAAGGCUUUGUCUAUCCCUCGGAGCACAGUUAAGACCAUUAUUAAGAAGUGGAAGGUGUAUGGCACCACCCAGACCCUGCAUAGAUCAGGCCGUCCCUCCAAACUGGAUGACUGGGACAGAAGGAAACUGAUCAGAGAGGCUACCAAGAAGCCAAUGUCGACUUUGAAGGAGCUCCAGGCCUUUUUGGCAAACACUAGUCAAUGUGUGCAUGUGACCACAAUAUCACAAGCUCCACAAAUCUGGCUUCUAUGGGAGCGUGGCAAGAAAAAAAAACACUACUCAGAAAAAGCCACAUCAAGUCUCAUUUGAGCUUUGCCAAAAACACAUUGUAGAUUCCGAGGCCGUGGCAAAGGGUUCUGUGGUCAGAUGAGACCAAAAUUGAACUGUCUGGCGAAAUCCCAAUACAUCUUUACACCCAAAGAAUACCAUGCCUACAGUAAAGCCAGGCGGUGGCAGCAUCCUGUUAUGGGGGUGUGUCUCUUUAGCAGGAACUGGAGCACUUGUCAGGAUAGAAGGGAAAAUGGACAGUGCAAAAUACCGACAGAUUCUUGAGGAGAUCCUGCAGUCCUCUGUCAGGAAAUUGAAAAUGGGAAGAUGGUUCAUGUUUCAACAUGACAAUGACCCAAAGCAACUGUACAGUGGCUGAAGGACAAGAAGGUGAAUGUCCUUGAGUGGCCUAGUCAGAGCCCUGACCUAAAUCCUGUUGAAUCUGUGGAAUGACUUGAGUGCAGUCCAUGAGCGGUCACCAUGCAAUUUGACUGAGCGUGAACAAUUUUGCAAGGAAAAAUGGGCAAAUAUUGCACAGUCUAGCUGUGCAAAGUUAGUAGAGAAGUGUUCAAAGAGACUCAUGGCUGUAAUUCAAGCAAAAGGUGGUUCCACCAACUAUUAACUCAGGGGGGUGUUCACUUAUCCAAAUCGGGUAUUUUACUGUGUUAAUUUAAUACAGUUUGAGGUUUUUAUUUUAUUUUUCUCACUUGGAUAUUGUGGGUUACUUACUGUGUGAAAAUAAAGCUGGAAAAAGUCAGAUUUGAUGUUUUAAUUUCAGGCUGUAAGGCAACUAAAGAUGAAUAUUCUGACUUUCUAUACCCACUGUAUGUCUCAAAGUACUCUCACAUAAAACCUGACAUUCUAUACUGUCGCCUAUAUGAAACAUUCUAUCUUAAAUACAAAAUGCUGGAGUAUAGAGACACAUUUUUUAGAAGUGCUCACUGUCCAAAAACGUAUGGAGUGUAUUUGCUUCUGCUGUGGAAAUGCAUUUUAUAACUCUGAAAAAUGUGUUACAUUCACUUGCAUUCUCACACUCAACCAUGUUCUCUGUUUUUAAAGGUUCAGCUCAGGGGAAAACCAAUCCCUUUCAGAGCACAUGCACCCUAGUGAGAGGGAGAAGUAGGAGUUGGCAUACGUCGUGAAAACAGUGAAUCAAGCAUUACUAUGUAGUAGUACCGUUUACAAUCUUCAAUGGUUCCUUCUCCUGUGCAGAGAGCAGGAAACCUGUUGAGAUACCAAACAGAUGGGGCAUGGACAGUUGAAAAGGGCUGUCAGAUGUUGUAAAUGGACUUAGUUUGCCCUAAUAUUCAUCAUUAAUUUCCUUCAGCCAAUUAGGUAAUGAUGAACAUGCCCGAUUCUCAAGGCAAGGGCAUAUUACACCAUUAGUGAUGGGGUUCUCUCCAUGUUGGCAUACACCAUUGACUCUAAGCAUACACACAUGAUUUAAUAAAUUAUUAGGUUGGGGGUCUUGGUCCAUUCCAUUCCAGUAAUGACAGUCAUGCUUAAUUUUGACUGCACAUUUUAGUGGUCUACGAUGGUUAUGUUGCAGGAUACAACCAACCUAAUACAACCAUAGAAUAGAUACAACCACAACUCCCUUUGCUGUAUGAGCUCCAGAGUGGCGCAGCAGUCUACGACACUGCAUCUCUGUGCUAGAGGCGUCAUAAGGCCCAUAAGGCAACACACAAUUGUCCCAGCGUCAUCCAGGUUAGGUGAGGGUUUGGCCGGGGUAGGCUGUAAAAUAAGAAUUUGUUCUUAACUGACUUGCCUAGUUAAAUACAUGUUAAACAAAAUAAAUGAGUUGUGAUCAAAGCCUCUCAUUGGCCAAUACAUAUCAUCAGCGAUCCAGGGUUUAUAUACUUGAUUGGUCGUGAUUUACAUAAUGAGCAUGAGCUCGAAGGGGAGUGUCCAACUCCGACAUGUAUAUAUAGAAGACCUCCCCGCGCUGAAUUAGAAAUUACGAUAUGGCCGGUAGAAGAGAACAGCGAUAUCUCCCAAUAAACCAGGAGGAGAAGAGCACGAAUUGAGGAGGCUACGAUCCAGUCGUGAGUGAUACUCCAUUUCUUUAUUCCAUCCUUGCGUUGAGUUCUCAGAACGGUUAGCAGGAUAAGUACUGUCAAUUUAGACAUAAAAAAGGUAGAAUGACUAGACAUGAUGCAAGUGCAGUAACUAACUUGUCUCAUUGCGAGGAAGAAUAGACAUCGUCGAUCGAUGCAUUGUAUCACAUGUGGUGCAGAUUGCCAUUGCUUGGUUUGCAGUGCAAGUCCACUACGUGCGGUCAUUCGCUUGAACGACCGAGAAGCUGUGAGUUUAGAGCGCCGAUGGACACGACUUUCUAGUCAGAAAUUCAGAAACGUUCAUCAUGCUCAGAAAUGCAUUCAGGCAGACAAGCUGAGGUUCUAAGAAAGUGUUUCAUACUCGCUGUCAACCUGGUCUCGGAGCAUUUCGUAUUAUUCUGUACGUAAAUCCGAGACCGUCAACAUGUUAGGAAUUUGUUAAACAUAUGUUACUAAUUUUAGCUAGUGGACUAACGUUAGCUAGCUCCCUAAUGUUAGCUAGGCUAGGAUUUAGGGUUAAGUUUAACUGGUCACCUAAUUCUUAACUAAACGGGUUCAAGUUAGGGUUAGCUAACAUGCUAAGUAGUUGAAAACGUUGCUAAUUUGCUCAAAUGCUAAAGUUGUAUGUGAUGCGCUUCGAACUUGCAAUCUUUGGGUUGCUAGACUUUUUCGUAUGUCCAACCCUCCUUUUGUUUUUGCCUUAUGUUACAUAAGACGGAUGGUUACUUAUCAUACUAAAUGGUGCAUCUUGGAUUUACAUACAAAAUAAUACAAAAUGCUCUGAGACCAGGUUGCAACUAAGUGUAUUUCGGUCCACGAAAUGAGUGCCUUUGACAUUAAGUAGAAAUUGUGCACAAAUAUUGCAUUUUGUAAGGCCUGUUAUUAAAUGAGUUGCCUUUUUUAAAAUAUAUCUACAGGUUUUUUGGGGGGGGGGCAAGAUUCGUUUUUCAUCAAGUUGAACAUGUGCUCUUUAUGACGAUGUCAAAAUAAUAUGAAAUAAAGUGGUGGAACCACCCAUUUACUGACCACAUUGCAGCAGUGAACAUAUGCCUACUGUACAUGUUCUUCGAAGGCUGUAGAGCUGUGAUGCAGAGCCCUGGUAUGAAGGCCGGUGGCCCCCCUGAUGGGGGCUAUGGAUGGGUGGUGGUCACCUCAGCCUUCUUUAUCAUGGGCCUCACUACAGGCGUCCUUAAGAACUUCGGCCUAUUCUUCCUAGAGAUCCAGAACCACUUUGGAGUCCUCACCAGCACCACCUCAUGGGUCACCUCCACUAUGAUAGUCAUGUUUCACUUGGGAGCCACAGUUGCCAGUGUCCUGAGCAUGCACUGUACCCAGAGGGCAGUCAUCAUGAUGGGAGGGCUCCUCACUGCUUCAGGGAUGAUCCUGGCUUCUCUCGACCUCAGUCUUCCAUGGAUGUACCUCAGCAUAGGCGUACUGCAAGGUUUGGGACUUUCAUUUUCCUGGUUACCAGCCAACAGCAUAGUGAGCCACUACUUCCUGAAGUGGCGUCCCAUAGCGUACGCCAUUGCCAGCUCCGGGGAGUGUGUUUUUGCCAUGGUGUUCAGUCCUUUCUUCCAGUGGCUCAUCGAGGUCUACACCUGGCAGGGAGCUCUGCUCGUCAUAGGGAGCCUUCAGCUCAACCUUUGCGUCUGUGGAGCCCUCAUGAGACCUCUUGAAUCCAAACCCCAUAAUCCCACCAAGCCAAAUAAGGACAACCACCAGGACUCCAAAGCUGCUGAUGACCCGAUGCCUAAGAAGCUAAGCUUCCAGUGGACGUUGCUAAGGAAGCCAGAAUUGCUGCUCUACAUCCUGUUUGCCAUUUUCGCUGCUGCAGGAUUUUUCAUCCCACCUCUAUUCGUGGUUCCCUAUGCCACCAGCCUGGGAUUGAAGAACUACUGGGCGGCGUCCAUCCUGUCUGUGCUGGCAUUGGCUGACCUGCUUGGUCGUCUGGCCUGUGGUUGGCUGGCCAACCUGAGGCUGGUGAGGAACCUACAGCUGCUGACAAUGGUGGUCACUAUGUUGGGGGUAGUGCUACUGCUGCUGCCCAUUGGCAAGGACUACUCAACCCUUCUGGUCUUCUCCUCGCUCUACGGUUUUCUGUUUGGCUGCGUUGUAGCCAUCCAUGUGACGUCUAUUGUGGACAUAGUGGGCCUGGAGGGGUUCGACAGCGGCCUGGGACUCUUCAUGCUUUUUAGAAGUAUCGGGGGCUUCAUUGGUCCACCUGCUGCAGGUUGGCUGGUUGACCUGGACAAAGACUUUGGUGCAUGCUUCUACCUGUCUGGAUUGGUUUUCAUCAUAUCUGGUGUGUUUGUGGUGCUGGUGGACCGACUUGUCGAGCGGAAGAAGGCCUCUCCCAGUGAAACCGAGCUAGAGGCCACUCAGGCCUUUGCCUACAAGAUGGGAGUGAAGCUGGUUGUUAGUGAGAGCAACUGCAAAUAAUGUUACACUGUUUCAGGGGAUAUGGCAGUGAAUGUUUGCAGUUCAUGAGCUCUUGGGAUGGCUUCAUUCUGAGCUUGUAUCACCUAGUCAGGUUUUUAUCUAUAUUAAGCUGCAUCACAGGAGUAAGUAAUGGAGGGUGUACCUGGUCAUUCACCAUUGUCAAGUUCCCGGUUUACAUAUGUUUGACCAGGUUGUACAGUAGUUUGUACCACUUUUAUUGACGUAUUUGAUGUACAUGAUGUAUUUGAAUGUUCACUGAUUUGGCUUGACAUUCUAUGUUAUAUACUUGGCAUACAGUAUACCUGUAUGAACAUCUAUAGGUAUUUUUGUUUUAAUCUCUGGUGCAAUGCAUGUAUUUUACCUUUAUUUUAAAUGUUUUUGGGGUAGACCUGCUAACACCUAUGCUUAGACACAUCAUGUGAGUAAAGUUAAGUACUUUCGAUGUGCAGCUUUACCCAUACAUUAACCUGAAUGUCAUGUGCUUUAGGGUUAAUGAUAAAUCAAUGUUAUUAAUCCCCCUGUUACACAAUAGAAUAUUGCCCAUGGCAAUCUAGUACCAGAGCUGUGGCUCAGCACUUUACAUGUCACCAGUGCCUUCUUGUUAUUAUGUGUAUUACCCUUGAUUUUUCCCCCACCAAUAGUCUAUUCAAAUAUAUCAAGUUAAUGGUUGUGCAAAUUCCUUCUAUCCACGUCAAAGGUUGUCAAUUGUUGCCACACCAUUUAGUCCUCCCCUGAUAACGAUGUUUCUGAAAUAAUGAUCAGUCUGUUUCAAAAGCUGAAUUCUGUAGCUUUCAAAUCUUCCUUCGCCAAAAUGGGUUAAAGGAAGAGCAGAGGCGGCUGGUGGGAGGAGCUAGAGGACAGGCUCAUUGUAUUGGCUGGAAUGGAAU